ACAACGUAAGUGAUCAUUCUUGGAGUGUGUAGAACAGAGUUCGUCAGUCUCGUACACCGACGUACGAAUAAUCUCCGAUGAGUGGAUUUGCUUCACAGAUUCCAUCCAUGGCGUUUCUAGGAUCCGGCUUCACCAGCGAGGUUGGGUUACGUGUACUGUUCUCUCCACUUGGUUCCAAUAUCGUACUUCGUACCGCAUGCUGUUCCAUUGGGAUCGGGUUGCCAGUAUACUCCACUUUCAAGGCAAUCGAGAAUAGAGAUCAGAGUGCACAACGAAAAUGGCUUAUUUACUGGGCAGCUUAUGGUUCUUUCAGCCUUGUUGAAGUGUUCACGGAUAAGCUCAUUUCCUGGUUUCCGCUGUAUUAUCAUGCAAAGUUUGCGUUCCUAGUAUGGCUUCAACUUCCCACCAUUGAUGGAGCAAAGCAAAUAUAUAACAACCGCCUUCGCCCUUUCCUAAUUCGACACCAAGUUAGAGUGGACCGACUCGUGGAUGGGGUAUAUGGAGAAAUGAUCAAGGUCGUUAGGACACACCAAGGAGGAGUACGGUUGGCGCGAUUAAUCAUUGUCAAAAUCUUUGGAUCAGGUUACUUCUCAAAACUCUAUAGCUUCCUAUCCCAAACCAACCAAUACUUUUGUUACUAUAUAGAACUCGUUGUUCCAUCAGGUAAUGAAGCUGCACCACCAAGCCAAGGACAAGGAGAAACACCUAACAUUAGCCCUGAACAAGAACCAUCAACAGCAACAAUCCAAGAUUUGGAAGAAUCUGAAUCCGAUCACGAAGACUAAUAAAACAAACAAGUGUAGUCAUAAUAGCUCUACAGCUUUUACAGCCUUAUUGUGUAAUCACACACUAUUACACAAAAUGUCAAACGGUUGUAUGGUGGUCAUGGUCUCACAGUAAAUCUCAAAUAACUUUUAGACUGGUUUACAAAUAAGUUUUGGAAAAUCACAAUAAUAACGUAAUGGAGUUGUUCCAUGUU